AUGAAGUUCUGGAUCGAGGACCUCCCGGUCCUCUUCCCAUACCCCAGGAUAUAUCCGGAGCAGUAUGCCUACAUGUGCGAUCUCAAGCGCACACUGGAUGCCGGCGGACACUGCGUUCUGGAGAUGCCUUCAGGUACUGGAAAGACAGUGUCCCUGCUUUCUCUUAUCGUCGCGUACCAGCAGCAUUACCCGGAACACCGAAAGCUGAUAUACUGCUCGCGAACAAUGUCAGAGAUUGAAAAGGCGCUUGCGGAACUCAAGGCGUUGAUGAAGUAUCGGACGGACCAGCUGGGCCAGGAGGAAGAGUUCAGAGGGCUGGGGCUCACGUCGCGGAAGAACCUCUGCUUACAUCCGUCGGUGAAGCGGGAGAAGAGUGGCUCGGUUGUUGAUGCACGAUGUCGAAGUCUGACGGCGGGCUUCGUCAAAGAGAAAAAAGAGCGUGGCGAAGACGUUGACCUGUGCAUCUACCACGACAAUCUGGACCUACUUGAACCUCACAAUCUCAUUCCACCUGGCGUCUGGACUCUCGAUGGCAUGCUUCGGUAUGGUGAACAGCAGAAGCAGUGUCCCUACUUCACAGCACGAAGGAUGAUGCCGUUCUGCAACGUGAUCAUCUACUCAUACCACUAUCUGCUGGACCCGAAGAUCGCUGAACGAGUGUCCAAAGAGCUGUCGAAAGAUUGCAUUGUUGUCUUCGACGAAGCGCAUAAUAUUGACAACGUAUGCAUCGAGUCUCUGAGCAUUGACCUAACGGAAGACAGCUUACGGAAGGCCGCGAGAGGUGCAAACAAUCUGGAAAAGAAGAUCAGUGAGAUGAAGUCUACUGACGCCGACAAGCUGCAGAGUGAAUAUGCCAAACUCGUCGAAGGACUGCGCGAAGCAGACACGGCUCGAGACGAGGAAGCCUUCGUGUCGAAUCCUGCAUUGCCAGACGACCUGCUGAAAGAGGCAGUUCCGGGCAACAUCAGGAGAGCAGAACACUUCACCGCAUUCCUUAAGCGCUUCAUAGAAUACCUCAAGACUCGCAUGAAAGUGCUGCAUGUCAUCUCGGAAACACCGCCCUCCUUCCUCCAGCAUCUGAAAGAGCUUACAUUCAUCGAAAAGAAGCCUCUUCGAUUUUGUGCAGAGCGACUCACAUCACUGGUAAGAACACUGGAGCUCACCAAUAUCGAAGAUUUCCAGCCGUUGCAGGAAGUUGCCUCGUUUGCCACGCUGGUCGCUACCUACGACACCGGCUUCCUUCUCAUCCUGGAGCCCUUCGAAUCCGACACGGCCACCGUACCUAACCCGAUCAUGCACUUCACCUGCCUCGACGCAGCCAUAGCUAUCAAGCCGGUCUUCGAUCGCUUCAGCUCCGUCAUCAUCACAUCCGGUACCAUCUCGCCUCUUGAGAUGUAUCCGAACCUGCUCGGUUUCACGACUGUCGUCGAAGAGUCAUACGCCAUGACCCUCGCAAGACGAUCCUUCCUCCCUAUGAUCGUCACCCGCGGCUCAGACCAAGGCCAGAUCUCCUCCGGCUUCCAGACCCGAAACGACCCCGCGAACGUUCGCAACUACGGAAACCUUCUCAUUGAGUUCUCUAAAUUGACACCAGACGGCAUCGUCGUCUUCUUCCCCUCGUACCUCUACAUGGAAAGCGUCAUCUCAAUGUGGCAAGGCAUGGGCAUCCUCGACCAAGUCUGGAAAAGCAAGCUCAUCCUGGUCGAAACGCCGGAUAGUCAGGAGACGUCUCUUGCGCUCGAGACCUACCGCACCGCAUGCAGUAACGGCCGGGGCGCCAUGCUGCUGUGUGUCGCUCGUGGCAAGGUCUCAGAAGGAAUAGACUUCGACCACCACUACGGCCGCACGGUGCUGUGCAUCGGCGUGCCCUUCCAGUACACCGAAUCGCGUAUCCUCAAAGCCCGCUUGGAGUUCCUGGAAGACAAGUACAAGAUCCGCCCAAACGACUUCCUCUCCUUUGACGCUAUGCGACAUUCCGCACAAUGCCUGGGACGAGUGCUGCGAGGCAAAGACGACUACGGAAUCAUGGUGAUGGCGGAUAAGCGGUUCGGCAAGAAGCGCAACCAACUGCCUAAAUGGAUCUCGUCGGCGCUUAUGGAGAGCGAUGCGAACAUGUCGGUCGACCAGGCUGUCGCGUCAGCGAAAAGGUUCUUGAAGACGAUGAGCAAGCCUUUUCCCGCGAAUUUGCAGGAAGGGGUUAGUACGUGGAGUUACGAAGACUUGAUGGAGCAUAAGAGAAAGUUAGAGGCUGAACAGAUAAGGGAAGAGAAGAACGGGGAGGUAAAUGGGAAUAUGAAUGGGCAUGUGCAUGGCGAUCAGGUUAUGGCUGAAGCUCAGGCUGCUGAGGAGGAUAUGGAGGACUCGGAUCUUGAUGCUGCGAUGAUGGAGAUUGAUGCUUGA